GUUGCUGCCCUUUCCAGACCGCCUCUCGCUCUGUCUGGCUUUUUCUGCGGCGCAGACUCGACGACGACCAGGUUGCGGCGACCACUAUGACAUCCCAGAGACGCUUCGGAAGGUUCCUGCAUGUGCCCGGUGUGCCAAUAGACCCUCCCCCUCCAAAAGCCUCACUCGACGACGCAGAACUUAUCCCAGAGGUAACAGCCAACUUCUAUAGCAUUCUCACCUUCGGCUGGAUCACCGGCCUCCUCGGACUCGGUUAUGCCAGACCCCUCGAAGACACGGAUCUCUACAAGCUCCAAGACUCUCGGUCUUCCCAGGUGAUCGCCGACAAGAUCCUCGCUUCCUUCGAUCGCCGCCGGGGGGCCGCAGACGAGUACAACGCCCGCCUCGCCGCUGGGGAGAUCAAGCCCGGCUGGAGGUCACUCUGGUGGAGGCUCAGAGGCAGCCGGGCCGAGAGAGAGAAACAGUGGAGACAGAAGGACGGCAGGAAACGGGCAAGCCUCGCACUCGCGCUGAACGACAGCGUAGCGUGGUGGUACUGGUCCGGAGGGCUUCUCAAGCUCAUCGCGGAUAUAUCGACGACGUUAAGUCCGUUAGUGGUCAAGGCAUUAAUCAGCUUCGGCACGACUUCGUAUUAUGCCCACCAAGCACACGCAUACGACGAAAUCCCUCCAAUCGGGCGCGGCGUUGGACUCGCCAUUGGCCUGCUUCUCAUGCAAGUGGUCACCUCGCUCUGCACGCAUCACUUCUUCUACCGUGCGGCGAGCACGGGCGUGCUCCUGCGGGGUGGGCUGAUCACGGCGAUCUACUCGCGCUCGCUGCGGCUCACGACACGCGAGCGCACGGUGCUCACGAAUGGCAAGCUCGUGAACCACAUCUCGACGGACGUCUCGCGCAUCGACUUCUGCUGUGGGUUCAUGCAGAUGGGCAUGACCGCGCCCGUGCAGAUGGCCAUCUGCCUUGUCAUUCUCCUCAUCAACCUUGGGCCGAGCGCACUCGCGGGCUUCGCGUUCUUCGUCCUGUGCACGCCCCUACAGACGAUCGCGAUGCGGCGCCUCAUGCGCCUCCGCAUGAAGAGCAUGGGCUGGACGGAUAAGCGGAGCAAGCUCCUGCAGGAGCUCCUCGGCGGGAUGAAGAUUAUCAAGUACUUCAGCUGGGAGGUGCCGUACCUGCGCAAGGUCGAAGAGCUCCGUGGAAAGGAGAUGGGGUAUAUCAGGAACCUGCUGCUGAUUAGGAGCGCGAACAACGCGAUUGCGAUUAGCUUGCCGACGCUGGCGAGCGUGCUGAGCUUCAUUGUGUACAGUCUUGCGGGCCACUCACUGAAUGCGGCGGAUAUCUUCUCGAGCCUGACGUUGUUCAACUUGUUGCGGAUGCCGCUCAUGUUCUUGCCUCUGGCCAUCAGCUCGACUGCCGACGCCCAGAACGCCAUUGAACGUUUAUACGGCGUUUUCGAGGCGGAGACGGUCCAUGACACGCAACUCCAGGACCCUACGCUGCCCGUUGCAGUUGACGCUGUCGACGCGUCCUUCACCUGGGAAGAACCCCCACCGGAGCCCGAGACGGCCAAGAAGACCAAGUCCGCGCUUGGCGGCUUCAAAAACAAGAAGCGCAAGAAGGGCUCACCUACACCCACCGCACCCACCUCGGGCGCACAGACCCCUCGCGUCACUGACCGCAUCUUCAACAUGUCGGACAUCACGCUCUCGAUCCCGCGCGGCCAGCUCUGCACAAUUGUCGGGCCCGUCGGCUCGGGGAAGACGUCGCUCCUACAGGGCCUGAUCGGCGAGAUGCGGCGGACCGGCGGGCGCGUCGCGUUCAACGGGAGCAUCGCGUACUGCCCGCAGAGCGCGUGGAUCCAGAACGCGACGGUGCGCGAGAACAUCUGCUUCGGGCGCCCGUUCGAGGAGAGGCGCUACUGGAAGGCCGUGUCCGACGCGUGCCUCGACGCGGACCUGCGGCUCCUGCCCGCGGGCGACAUGACCGAGGUCGGCGAGAAGGGCAUCAGCUUGAGCGGCGGCCAGAAGCAGCGCUUGAAUAUAUGCAGGGCGAUCUACGUCGGCGCGGACAUCCAGAUAUUUGACGACCCGUUCAGCGCGCUCGACGCGCAUGUCGGGCGGCACGUCUUCCAGAACGUGGUGUUGAACGCGCCGGAGGGCACCACGCGCAUCCUCGUCACGCAUGCGCUGCACUUUCUCCCACAGGUCGACUACAUAUACACCCUCGUCGACGGCCGCGUCGCCGAGCGCGGGACGUAUGCGGAGCUCCUCGAGAACGGCGGGGAGUUUUCGCGGUUCGUGCGCGAGUUUGGGGCGAAGGAAAAGAGGGAAGAGCAGGAAGAGGAGGCGGUCGAGGAGGCGAGUGGGGAGAAGAAGGACAAGGACGAUAAGCAGGUGGCCGUGGCUGGGAAGCCGACGAUGAUGCAGGCGGAGGAGCGGAACACUGGGAGUGUGAAAGGCGCGGUAUAUCGACAAUACAUGCAUGCUGGAAAGGGAGAGAUCUUGAUCCCGCUCCUCAUCCUGUCGGUCGCGCUGUUGCAAGGAACUCAGGUCAUGAGCUCGUAUUGGCUGGUUUAUUGGGAAGAGAACAAAUGGCCGUACGGAUCGGGCUUUUACAUGGGCAUAUACGCAGGCCUCGGUGUGGGCCAAGCCAUAUCGUUCUUCUUCAUGGGCUCAGGUUUCGCCAUGUUGACGUAUAUCGCGUCAAAGAAGCUGCAUAACGACGCUCUGACGAGGCUUAUGUAUGCGCCCAUGUCAUUUUUCGAGACAACGCCUCUUGGCCGGAUCAUGAACCGGUUCGCGAAAGAUAUCGACACUAUCGACAACCUGCUUGGCGAUUCGUUGCGGAUGCUUGUAGCGACGCUCGCAAACAUCGUUGGUGCUAUUAUCUUGAUCGGCAUCGUCAUCCCGUGGUUCCUCAUCGCCGUCGCCGCAAUCCUCGUCUGCUACUUCUGGGCGGCGUUUUUCUACCGUGCGAGCGCUCGCGAGCUGAAGCGAUUGGACGCCAUUCUCCGUUCGUCGUUAUACAGCCAUUUCUCGGAGUCGCUCUCCGGGUUAGCGACCAUCCGCGCGUACGGCGAGACUGAGCGGUUCUUAGCAGAAAACCGAAAGCGUGUAGAUAUCGAGAACCGGGCCUACUGGCUGACAGUAACGAACCAGCGAUGGCUCGGCAUCCGGCUUGAUUUCCUUGGUAUCAUCCUCACCUUCGUGGUGGCGAUUCUGUCCGUCGCCUCGCGCUACACAAUAUCUCCGUCGCAGAUGGGUGUCGUGUUGAGCUAUAUCAUCAGCGUGCAGCAGGCGUUUGGAUGGUUGGUACGCCAGACGGCGGAAGUGGAGAACGACUUCAACAGUGUCGAGCGCAUCAUCUACUACGCUAACGAGCUGGAGCAAGAGUCUCCUCACCAUCUCGCAGACCACACGCCGCCUGCCCCAUGGCCGUCCGCCGGAGCCAUCGAGUUCAACGAGAUCGUGCUCAAGUACAGACCGGAGCUUCCCGCGGUGAUCAAGGGCCUCUCGAUGUCCAUCCGUCCAGGCGAGAAGGUCGGUAUCGUCGGACGAACGGGCGCGGGUAAGAGCUCGAUCAUGACGGCGCUGUACCGUCUAGUCGAGCUGACCUCGGGCUCGAUCGUCAUCGACGGUGUGGACAUCUCAAGUCUCGGCCUGGAGGACCUGCGCCAGGGCCUCGCGAUCAUUCCUCAGGAUCCCCUGCUAUUUUCUGGCACGCUGCGAAGCAAUCUGGACCCGUUCGGGUACCACGACGACGCGCGGCUAUGGGACGCGCUGAAGCGCGCGUACUUGGUCGAGGAUCGCAAACCGGGCUCGAUCGACGAAACUGAGGAAAACGCGAAUACUGGCAACCGAUUCUCGCUCGACAGCCCCAUCGAAGACGAGGGUGGCAAUUUGUCCAUCGGCCAGCGAUCACUGGUUUCCCUUGCCCGCGCGCUCGUGAAAGAGUCUAAGAUCCUCAUUCUUGACGAGGCCACCGCAUCUGUGGAUUAUGAGACGGAUCGGAAGAUUCAGGACACGAUCGCAGUCGAGUUCCGGGACAGGACGAUACUGUGCAUAGCCCACCGGUUGCGUACGAUCAUUGGGUACGACCGCAUCUGCGUCAUGGACGCCGGCGGCAUCGCAGAGUUUGACACGCCUGCGAACCUGUACAAGAGGCCGGAUGGUAUCUUCCGCGGGAUGUGCGAGCGGUCGACGAUCACGCUGGAGGACAUCCUGUUCGCGGCGAAGGCGAGGGUGGUGGACGACGAGAAGCGGACGUACGUCGGGACACCGGUGAGCCCACGAAGCGAGUAUGACGAGAAGGUCGAAUAUGAAGUCGAUGAGGCAUGAUGGCCUGUGCGGGAAAGUGCAGGCACAAAACAGAUGA